CAGUUUUUGAUCAACCAGGGUUUAUUGACUUUACAGCUGACAUGGUGAGGAGAUCAACCGCGUUGAAUGGAAGUGUUCUGAGUUGUGUAACGUUAUACAGUCUAGUGUACUUAAACAAUGACACAGCGAAAAACUGACGCAUAGUUCUGUACAGGGUAUUACAGUGUUAUCAAGUAUUUAAGCAGCUUUGUACAAUGGCUGCCACAGGGACAGAACAUGAAGAAAUGGCCACAACAGAAGCAGAUAAGCCUGACUUGAAUUCCUUGCAUAUCCAGUCAGACAGUGAGCAGAUGAAGCUGUCCAAGCCUAUCUUUGAGAAUGGCCGAUACAAAAACCCAUGGGAUACAUGGAGGUACAACAGUUUGUGGAACUUGAUUAAAUUCGUCAGAGGAGGGGAAAACAAGGAGGAGCCAAAGAAAGAGGAACUGGACAGAACCCUUCCUAUCAUGAAACCCAACUUUGAAGAAUUUUCAGCCCCACCUUCAACUGGUGUGAGAUACAUGUGGAUUGGGCACGCUUCAACACUAGUGCAAGUGGAUGGUGUCACUAUACUGACUGACCCAAUAUUCAGUAACAGGUGCUCACCAAUCCAGUUCAUGGGACCUAAACGGUACCGCGACCCACCAUGCACUAUAGAAGAACUGCCUCACAUUGAUAUUGUAGUGGUCAGUCAUAACCACUACGACCACUUGGACCUGUAUUCGGUGGAGACGCUCAACAGGAAGUACGGUAAGAACCUGAGAUGGUAUGUUCCUGUCGGAAUCGGAAAAUGGAUGUCUGAUCGAGGAUGUGAAAACGUUGUAGAGUUGUCAUGGUGGGAUGAAGACAUUUUCACAGGAAGGUCAGAGGUGAAGGUCGUUUGCACACCAUGCCAGCAUUGGUGCAAGAGGACACUUCUAGAUACAAAUAAGGCACUGUGGUCAAGCUGGGCUUUGAUUGGUCCAAAGCAUAGUUUCUUCUUCGGUGGAGAUACUGGUUAUUGUGAAGCAUUCAAGCAGAUUGGCUGGAAAUAUGGAAACUUUACACUUGCUGCUAUACCAAUUGGAUGUUUUAAACCAAGCUGGUUCCUGUCUCCCCAGCACGUCGGCCCACAGGAGGCGGUGCAGAUCCACCGCGAUAUUAGAGCCGUCAAGUCAGUUGGCAUCCACUGGGGCACCUUCAAAAUGAUGGCAUAUGAGCACUACUUGGAACCUCGAGAAACCCUCAUAGAAGAGGUAUCAAAGGCAGGACUUAAGCCAGAAGACUUUGUCACUGUGAAUCAUGGAGAAAUAUAUAUAUUUUAGAUAGUCUGAAUCUCAUACCAUCUGUCUUCAUUGACAGUACAAGUACAGCAUAUUGUCACUCUCCACAUGUUCUUCUUGAAAGGGUACGCUAAUGGAUUCUGUCAAUCAUGUAAACUACAAUCAAAACAAAUUUAUAUUCGUACACACCUAUGCUAAUUUUACAUGCUGCGUAUAGAUUGCUGUAAUGAGACUUCACGUGUCACCUGCUGUGACAUGACCUAACAUGUCACUUGUUGUGUUGUGCUAUCGGACACAAUACCUGUUGUGAUGUGACCUCACGUGUCACCUGCUGUGACCUGACCUCACCUGUCACCUGCUGUGACAUGACCUCACAUGUCACCUGUUGUGAUGUGCUUCACAGGUGACCUGUUGUAAUGUAACCUGAUCCACAUCACCUGUUUUGGUGUGACCUCGGACACAUCUUUUGCUGUAAUGUGACCUUACACUACUUCAUGAUAUUGAACAUGUCCUUUUGAUCACUGAUCAGUUAUUCCUGGACGUAUCUGUACUGAAUUGUGAUAUAUUAAUUUUUGUCGUAUAUUGUCAUAUUUGGCAAAGCUUUAAUCUUAGACUUUUGUCGGAUGGCUAUCUCUGUUAUGAUAACAUAUAAUUUUGUCAGUCUACAGAUCCUGUGGUGCAUGAGACAGAUGAUAAGAUGAACAUGUUGUGUGAAUGUUUGUUGUGUAGAAAUGUAAUUCCAGUUUAGUCUGAUUCGUUCUUGUAUGACCUCUCCGACUAAUAAUGAUAUUCUGUAACAAUUCAGGUGAGCUUCAGAACCUAGUAUUUAUGUAUCACUUGAAUAAAUUAGCCAUCAGUUAUUAUU